CCGAUGCGCCAUUCCGAAGGCAUAGGACAUUGCAUGAAGGAGAUGUAUUUCGCUGCAGGAUGUCCUAAAAUGCGUUCCGUAGUACGGAACUAGUCGCAACCCUGGUUUCAUGUGCUUUAUUGAAGGUGAAAAUAUCAGCCCAACCUGCACCUCUUCCCGCUAUGCAACUUCUUGUCACCUGUGUAACCCAAACCCGUCUGUAGAUGGCGCUGGCCUGCAAUACUGGGCUCAUCGCGAGUUGGGGCAGUGACAGUGCCGGGGGAGGGGUGCUCGCUGGGAGCUGGUGCUGCUGGCAGGAAGUGCAUGUGUUUCUCCGUGCGAGUAACUCCUCUCCCCAUGAACCAUGGCUGUCUGGACUCGAGCCUCAAAGUCUGGGCUCCUGGACCUCCUCUUACAGGAUCACUGGGUUAGUGUCCAGGCUCAACUCACCGGCGACAGUCUUACUUUGACUUCGGACUCCGAGCCCUGCGGAGCUCUCAAUGGUCUCAGCAAUGGCACUGACCUGGCCCCAGCCAGUCCCCGGAGGGGCCCCUCCAGUCACAACUCUCCCCGGGCAGACUCUGAAUCCGCCCAAAGCAGCCCUCAGACUCGCUUCCACCUGGACGUCCCCGGCAUUGAUAAUAUGGGCUGCGAACCUGUACGGAAGGUGCGAGUGGUAAAGCAGGAAUCGGGCGGGCUGGGCAUCAGCAUCAAGGGCGGCCAGGAGAACCGCAUGCCCAUCCUCAUCUCCAAGAUCUUCCCCGGCCUGGCAGCGGAUCAGAGCCGGGCACUGAGGGUCGGAGAUGCCAUCCAGUCGGUGAAUGGCGCUGACCUACGCGGUGCGACUCAUGAUCAGGCUGUGCAAGUGCUCAAAAAGGCUGGCAAGGAGGUGACCCUGGAGGUGCGCUUCCUGCAAGAUGUGUCUCCCUACAUUCGGAAGGCUUCCCUUGUAGGGGAUCUGCAAUGGGACAGCCAUGACCUUUGCUCUCCUGUGCACAGUGAUAACUCUGGGUCGCCCAACCACCAUUCCAAGGAUUGCAAGGUCAUCCCUCUUAAAAUGUGUUACUCAGCAAGGAACCUAAGCGUGUCAGAUCCUGAAGGAAGGCUGGUGGAGCUGCGAUCUCCUGAUGGUUGUCACUCCAUUGUGCUCCGAAGCAGAGAUUCGGCAUCUGCACUUUCUUGGUCACUAGCUUUACACAACAACAUCACGGCUCUCCUGCCACAGGUUCUAGCUGAGAUACAAAGCAUGUUGGGUCCCACAGGUGAAGACAUUAGACAUUUGGGAUGGGUGGCAGAACAGGUGUCUCAGGAUGAUGGGCGCCCACUCUGGCAGCCAGUACUUGCUGCUGUUUCACAGAAGGAUUUUCUUCUCUUUGAUGCAAUGCCGAGAACACAAGAGGAGUGGGCAAAACCAAAACACAGACUGCCGCUGAUAUCUACCAGGUUGGUUCACUCCGGUCCUGGACACAGCUCACCCUCCCUGGGGUCACAUCUCACCUUUGGCAGUCGCACAGGUUGCCCCCAAGGCAUUGAUAGGAGAGUCUUUCGUGUGGAGUCUCAGCGAGAGCUUUCUACAUGGACACGAGCACUUGUGCAAGGAUGUCAUGGUUCUGCAGAGCUCACGCGUGAAGUCACAGUCAGCUGCGCCCUGCGUGAGCAAGAGGUCUCUCUCAUUAUACACUACGAUACUGGCUUCACGGUUUGCCGAGGUGGACCUUCAGGCCCAGUGUUGCACAGAUAUCCUUAUGAAAAACUCCGAAUGUCUGGGGAUGAUGGAAUCAGACACCUAUAUCUGGACUUUGGGGGACCAGAGGGAGAAUUGGCUCUGGAUUUGCACACUUGCCCAAAGCCCGUGGUAUUCCUGUUACACACAUUCCUUUCUGCUAAAGUCUCGCGCAUGGGUCUGCUGGCCUGACCCUGGAUUGCCAUUGACAUUACAGACAAACUAUAUAUGCAAAGAGCUAUUGCUCUAACCAGUGCCUUUCAGUGACAAUCUGAAUAUAUCACAAAAGGACAAAGCACAGAAAACCUUUAAAUGAGCUGAGGAUCUGAUCCCCAGGAAGACAUUGACACAGACCUCCCCCAUGUGUUUUCCCUAACAGAGGACAUUGGGAGAGGAGAACUGCGGUCUGCUUAUUACAAGGACUCAAAGUAACAAGUUGAAAUCAUAAACACAAUCGUGCCCUCAAACUUUCCAGGUUUUGGAUCAAAUGCAUAUCAUUAUGGCAUGAUCACAUGAUCAGAAAAAAAAUGGAUGAUCAUGUGAUCCACAGAUUUGUUCCAUCCCGUUACAAGAGGACAGUGACUCUUAUGAAGCUUUAAGUAUUUUUUAAUUGCAGUGACAAUCUUCGUCUUCAUUUUUCCCAGCCUUUCUGGGAAUAUUAAGCCAUAUUAUAAGACCAUAGUGCCUUCAUCUUUUUGCUGCCUUAACAAAUGUUUAGUGUUCACAACCUACCUUUAUAGUAUAUAUAUACAUAUAGAUAUAUAGUCACAGUAGAAAUAUGCAAAGUCUCAAGGGAGAAAAGCUCCUGUAGGGAGCAUUUGUGAUGGACUGUAAAAAGCCAUUUACUGCUGUUUUAGGCAGUAUUUGACAGGUGCAGUUCAGCUCAUACCUACUCAGUGUAAACAAAUUUGCCUCAUUUAACCAAAGAGUUUCUGGGUACGUGCUUGAGAGAUUAUACCAGGGAUGGUCCAGCAAGCAUGUCCCCCCGCAGCUAUUGUUUGCUUACAUUUCUCUCCAUCCAGCUGUUUAGGAGGUGCUGAGCUAGAAGGCUGCAGGUUGGAGACCAAUAGGUCAUACUAAGGACUGUACUAAGUAUUGGCUUGACACAAUGUUUUAUUUACUCGGCACAUGUUACAAAGAUAGAGAGAAUGUGAUGCAAAUGAUUACUGGAAAACUAUUACAGAUGUUUAUUGAAGAUUACAAAUGUGUGAAAGACAAAAUAAGAGAAAUUUGUACACGUUGUGUUAUUCAAAAGAUGACUAUUACAAUUGCAUUUGGUGAUCCUUUUUAAUAUAGUAGCAAAAGUACCAGGAUUCAUAGAUGAAAUUCAGAGCUUUAUAAAGUGCAAGCUAUGUUUAAAUAUACCUUUCUAUACUA